AUGUUUUUCAUCUCACAACCAUCUUCUCUUCUAGAGUCAGUUCAAAUCGGUGGGCUGGUGGAACAGGGCUGCCUGGAAGGAUUAGUCCUGAGUCCAGUUGGAACCCGCAAGAUGAGCCCUCUUCAGAUCAUCUCCGCAAGUUGGAUCGUCUGCGACAGUUGGGCGGGGGUCUCGGCUACUGUGGCUCUGGCCAUUGUCCAAGGCGGCCCCGUUACCAUAGUCUAUGGACUAAUCCUAAUGUUUUUACUUGUUGGUGCCUGUACUCUCACCCUAUCCGAAUUGUCGAGCGUCUACCCCACGGCAGGAGGGCAAUAUCACUGGACCUCAAUCCUGGCCCCGGGCUACAUUAGCCGAGUGCUGAGCUACGCCUGCGGAAUAGCCAAUAUGUUCGCCUGGAUCGCUAUCUCCACCGGUAUUGCCAUCAUCCCGUCCCAGCUCAUCCUAGGCAUUGUUCUCUUUUACAACCCCGGCUUUGAUGCUCAGCCCUGGCAUUACUUCAUCCUCUAUCAAAUGAUCAAUUUAUUGGUACUCUUCUACUGUAUUAUACUUCUGAAGAAGUCCCUUUGGAUCCAUGAUGCAUGCUUCUUUAUAACCCUGGCCUCGUUCUUCGUCAUCGUCAUCGUUUGUCUCGCCCGUACGGCUCCCAACUUCCAGCCCAACGCCCAUGUCUGGGCCACUUUCCUGAACGACAGCGGAUGGACAUCCGGCGGGGUAGCAUUUCUCACCGGUCUCGUCUCCCCGAAUUACAUGUACGCAGGCAUCGACGGAGCCCUACACCUAGCCGAGGAAUGCAAAGACGCAGCUCGGGUAGUCCCUCGCGCACUUAUAAGCACGCUCGUCAUCGGCUUCGGUACAUCCUUUGCGUUCCUUGUAACUAUGCUAUACUGCACCAAUGACCUCAAAGCAGUCGUCGCCUCACCCACAGGCGUCCCAAUAUAUGAAGUCUGGUAUCAAGCGACUCACUCAAAAGCAGCGGCAACCACCUUUAUAAUCCUGCUCAGCCUAGCAGCUGUCUUCGCCCUAAUCGGCGCUCAGGAGACCGCCUCUCGGUUAACCUGGUCCUUGGCGCGGGACAACACGCUUUUCGGCAGCACCCAAAUGAGGCAGAUGCACCCGACUCUCGACGUUCCCGCCUGGGCUCUGGCCUUUAACUUCUCCGUCAUGUUCAUCAUCGGCUGCAUUUAUCUAGGGUCAUCAUCCGCGUUCAACGCCUUCAUCGCCACAGGCCUGGUCCUGCAGCACGUCUCCUAUGCCAUUCCCGCCGCUUUGCUACUGUUGCGUCGCCGCGGUAGCGCUUGGCUCCCUGCAAACCGGCCCUUCCGACUGCCCAGUUCGGUGGGCUGGAUAGCAAAUAUUGUCACAGUCGGCUUUUCGGUUUUGGCGUUGGUGUUUUAUAGUUUUCCAACGAUAAGGCCGGUCACUGGGAGUAAUAUGAAUUAUACAUCUGCUGUGCUAGGAGUUAUGGCGAUUGUGGCGUUGGGGAACUGGGUGUUUUAUGCACGACGGUGGUAUCGUGGACCGAGAUUGCAUGAGUAG